CAUUAAACACGUCAUCAGCGUCGUCAGCAUCAAAAAUGAAAUCGGUGUCUGCUUGAUCAAUAAGCCACCAUUUUUGUAAUAGUAGUAUAUAAAUGGGAAGCGUGUGGAGCGGAGGAAGAACUACUUCUAAAGAAGAAAAAGAGAUGGCUCUUUCUAAAGUCAAACAAACCAUUUCCUCUAAUCCCGCUGUCGUCUUCAGCAAAACAUGGUGUGGAUACUGCAAGAAGGUGAAACAACUGUUCUCUGAGCUUAAUGUUUCUUUCAAGCUUUAUGAAUUGGAUGAAGAAAGUGAUGGUGGAGAAAUUCAAUCUGCCUUAAAGGAGUUGACUGGUCAAAGCACUGUUCCUAACGUAUUCAUUGGUGGGAAGCAUAUUGGUGGUUGUGAUGCUGUUAUGGAGCAGCACAGAGCUGGGAAGCUGGUGCCUAUGCUAACUGAAGCCGGAGCCAUUGGCAACACCUCUGCUCAGGUUUCCAGUAUCUGAAUGUUGAAGAUUGUUAUCGAUCUCUGUUACUAUGUUAUAUGUAUGAAUCCUAUGUUUAAGGAUCUCUGUAAUAAAAGCUUUAACAAAUCCAGUACGUCAUUGUGCUACUGUGUACAUGUAUAACAAUAUUGUACUCUUUUUCUUAUUUAUAUCUCAGCAAUUACAGGAUUAUGACA